AUGGUCUGCGUGGUAAAGAGAUUUUCUCUAUCCUGUACUGUGCUUGAGAUUCCUCUUCCUCCCGUUUCCGUUCGGAAUACUUCUGUUGCACUUCUAUUUGAUUAAAUAGGGACACGAUUUCCGACAAUCUUUCAGAAAAUUCCAGCGCCUCUUCUGCUACAUGGUGUAAAUCAUUUUCCCAAACUAAUCGACUGCCGAACACAUCAGUCAACACAGUCAUUAAGGAGAGCGCCUCCUCAGCGAUGUUGCCAUGUUCAGGCGAAACGUACAAGUUCAUACAUUUCUGCAUGAGUAUCGAAGCAUUCUGGAUAGUUAUCUUUCGUGCGGCAGCAUCUGUCAUAAGACGUGGAUCAAAAUGCCGGGUCAGAAGGUGUGCCAACAAGUAGUCGCUAUCUGCAUCAUCCUCCGACGAUUUGCUGGCCACAAAAUUCAGCAGAACAGCAAGACACUGCUCAGACAGCGAAUCACUUGACUCGAUAGCUGAGCGAACCAGGGCCAUUUGAUCCAAACUCAGACAUAGUUCAUAAAAAGAAGCCAAGCAACUCAACCCGAACACGUUCGUCCUUCGUAGCACUUCACAUAUGUUCUUUAACUCCUUUGAACUAAACGACUGUGUUGGUAAGAAAUGAAGAAUGACGGUUUGUUCAUCUUUCGUUAAGAAACCAUCCGCGUUCGCAUUUUUGGCCGACAAGUACUUUAGGGCAUGUUUCCACUUUCCAUUUUCUAAAGGCUCCUUCACAAAGUCUUUCAAAGCGGAGUGAAGCUUUUUUUGAUUGCUUUCUUCCACUGGACAGGGAGUACUCGAAAAACUUGAAAAUCUUUUGGGAGGGCUUCUUUGUCGUCGAUUAGCAACUACUUCACGAAGUCUAGAAACCCGUAAUGGAAUAUCAGCAAAGGUAGCAUUAUUUGUCAGCCGCACGCAUUCGUCCGAUUCGCGGUAUUGGACCUCGCAUGGGUCAGGCUCUCCAUCCGGCCAUGGUACCUUGA